UCUUUAGUUGUCGGUCGUCGGUUCUUCUCGGAUCAGCCGGAGGAGACUUAUGAGCAGUUCACCAACCGCUAUGUCAAGUUCUUCGAGAACAUUGAUGAUCAGUUUGAGCUCCAGCGUGGCCUGAACAACUGCUUCGCUUAUGAUUUGGUUCCCGAUGUGGCUGUCUGCGAGGCAGCUCUGCGUGCCGCCCGUCGUAUUGAUGAUUACGCCACGGGUGCCCGCGUGUUCGAGGCUCUGAAGACUAAGGUUGAUAAGCCUUCCCAAUACCAGGACUACCUCAAGGCUCUUAAGCCCGUCAAGGACGAGCUGGGCAUUCAGACCAAGGAGGAGCUCGGCCUUUAA